AUGGGCCGCUACACGACGAUGCAAACGUUUAGCGACCAGGACGCACAGGGCGCUGCUGUACCUUAUACAUCAGCGGCCACGCCUUACGAUUCUGUAGAUGCUGUUGUGCCUACUACUAGCGACCUGAAGGACACUAAGCUUCGUGUUAAUCGCGUAGAGAACGUAUCAGGCAGCGGAGCGGGCGCUGGCAGCGGUGAAUUCCACACGUACCGUGCUGCCAGGAGACGAGAGAUGGAGCGCAUUGAAGUUUUAGAGCAGCGGUACAAGCAGAACAAGGCGCAGCAGGAGUUUGAGGCUACGCGCAAGCGCAAGUCCGAGGAGUUUGAGGCCAAAGUACAGAAGCGUGCCGAGAAGCGACGGCAACGCAAGGAACGAGCGAAAUUGAAGGCUCUAGAUGCAGUUCAAGAAGAAGAGAAGACGAAUGAGAAGGAGAAAGAGGACAGUGUAAACAAGGAGGAGCAAAUGCCCGAGACUCCAGGCGGCGUUGCGGAGAUUCCCAAUGAUGGCAGCUUUCUGGAAAAGAUGCUGGCUUUGCAGAAAAAGAAAGAGAAGAUGGAGGAGAAGUGA